AUGGCGUCCAUGCAGGAGUUCUUCAUGGCUAUUGGCUCACUGAUCACUCAAGCGUUUGGCGUUCCAUUCUCUAACGAAGAACUUUGGCCUUUCAUCUUCUUGCCGAAUGCCGCCUUCGUACUUCUCUCAAUGGUUCUGUUCUUCGUUGUUCAUGAAUCACCGCAAUUCAUAAUAGAGAAGACAGGAAAUCGUGAAAAGGCUCGUAAGGCCCUUGCAGCCUAUCACGGUGUAGGAGUCGAAGAUGCAACAGUUGAAACGGAAAUGAAAAUCUGUGAAGAUAGUGUCACUAAAUCAAAGGAGAAGGCAAAAGCUAAGGAGGCGAAAUCCCCCAUACAGACCGAGCACGACUCAGUGACCGUGAUUUUCAUGCCAUGGAAAGCUCGAGACGACAGUUCUAAGGUGAUUCGUGAGGCGGCAUGGCUUGGAGUGAUGGUGAAGGUCUACUUAGAAUUCCUUUCACUCUGA